UAUUCCCAUAUAUUGAAGAAAUUUUCCAUGGCAAAACCAGCUAAACAUCUCACAGAUAAGAGAUAUAUUGGAAUAAACAGCUGUCAGUGUUAAAUAAAUAUCCUGGAUAAUGUGCAGGACAGAAAUAACUACAUCAUCAUCAAACUCCUUUUUUCACUUUAUUUAGCUGUUCUUGCAUGUAGCUUCCAAUCUUUCCACUGCUCCAGUUAGUGAAGCAUUUAUUUUUGAGUCAGCUGCAUUUCUUAAGACUGUAACAACGAAAGGCAUUUCCUGAGAAACUACGAGGAUGAGCAGCAAGAAAGAACAACAGCUAAGGAAAUACGGGACCCUUGUAGUGCUUUUUAUCUUCCAAGUUCAGAUUUUUGGUUUUGAUGUUGACAAUCAACCUACAACAGAUGUCUGCUCAACACACACAAUUUUACCUGGACCAAAAGGGGAUGAAGGUGAAAAAGGAGAUAGAGGAGAAGUAGGCAAACAAGGAAAGGUUGGACCUAAAGGACCAAAAGGAAACAAAGGACUGGUGGGAGAUGUUGGUGACCAGGGAAUGCUUGGAAAAAUUGGACCAAUUGGUGCAAAGGGUGACAAAGGAGCCAAAGGCUUACUGGGGGCUUCUGGAAAAAAAGGAAAAGCAGGCACUGUCUGUGACUGUGGAAGAUACCGCAGAUUUGUUGGACAACUGAAUAUCAAUGUUGCUCGUCUUAACACAUCCAUCAAGUUUGUAAAGAAUGUUAUAGCAGGUAUCAGGGAGACAGAUGAGAAAUUCUAUUACAUCGUGAAAGAAGAGAAGAAUUACAGAGAAGCCUUGAUCCACUGUAGGGACAGAGGAGGAACACUGGCCAUGCCUAAAGACGAGGCAACCAACGCCCUGAUUGCCGACUACAUCUCCAACAGCGGCCUCUUCCGAGCCUUUAUUGGGCUGAAUGACAUGGAAAAAGAAGGACAGUUUGUGUAUGCAGACAACAGCCCACUGCAGAACUACAGUAACUGGAAGCAAGGGGAGCCUCACGAUGCAACUGGCCGUGAGGACUGUGUGGAAAUGCUCAGUACAGGAGAGUGGAACGACUCUGAGUGCCAAGUCACCAUCUACUUUGUCUGUGAAUUCCUCAAGAAGAGGAAAUAA